AUGUUCAAAGAGGCCGGCCACGCGCUGGCAGACCCAUCAGCGCUCGACGACGCCUUCUGGGAGCAUCUCAGCUCUAUUCCUGCUUUUACCUUUGCCAUGGACGACGGACAAGGCCCCUCCGAUGAUUUCAACCGUCUGCACUCACGUCGCAACUCGGCUAGCGGCUAUCCGCAUCGCCAGCGCCAUCAGCAGCACCAGCAACACCAUCCCUCGUCGCAUCCUCAGACCCCAAACAUCCCAUUUGGGCCGUUCUCUGGUAUUCCACCUAAUGCGCCGCAGCCGCCGAACGCUCCGCCAGCGCCGACCCACGAGUCUAUCCGCGAAGCCAUGCGCGUCUUGCAGGCCGCUUUGCAUCACAUCCCGCCACAGGCCGCCGCGGCACAAGGCCUGCCGCCUUUCCCAUCACUCUCGCAACUCGCGCAAGAGCACCCAUCGCAGCACGACGGUCCCGGAGGUUUGCCAUCGCUGCAAGAUCUGCUAUCUCUACCCGGAGGUUCGCCGCCGCCUCAGCACCAGCAACAGCCUUCACUCGAGCAGCUCCUCGGCGCGUGGCCAAACCCGAAUCCGCUUCCGCCUCAACUUCCGCACUCAUCGCAUGGCCACUCGCACACGCCCGUUGACGCUCAGAUGUCGCAAUUCUCGUUCAUGUCUUCGCCACCUACAUCAUUUGUAGUCCCGUCGCAGUCGCACCACCACCAACUGUCUUCUCUCGGCGGCCCUUCCUUGUCUGAGGCAUCUGCUUCGGCGUCGGGAUCAGCAUCUACGUCCGCUGCCGUGCAUGAUACGCCAUCGCCUGUAAAUCAGGAAGCGACGCCGCCUACAGACCCGGAGGUUAGCGUCAUCGAAGACAAACGACGACGCAAUACGGCUGCAUCUGCGCGCUUCCGAAUCAAGAAGAAGCAAAAAACGCUCAACCUCGAGCGGACGGUCAAUGAUCUCUCCGGGCGCGUCGAAGAGCUCGAGCAUGAAGCUUCUGAGCUGCGUCGCGAGAACGGGUGGUUGAAGGAGAUCGUCAUGCUCAAGAGCCGACAACGCGUCGAAGGUCUGAGCUUGCCAGAGCAGCCGCCGGGACCGCCUGAUGAGGGAGAUGAGGGCGAAGAUAAGGAUAAGGGUAAAGAGAAGGAGGAUAGAGGGGAGGGUAGCAGUACGGGCAAGACGCGGUAA